UUCGAGUCCACACUCCACACCCCGCAGCGUGGAACGCCCGAGCCAGCCACGCCGGCCAAGGACGCCGACCGCCCCGCCUCACCCGAAUGGCCACGCCCGCUCCAGCCGGCGAGCUCGCCCCGGGACCGGGAGGAGAAGCCAACAAGCACGGGCCCCGCGAGCGCCAGCGCGCGGGCGCGCGCCUCCUCUCGCUCGCCGUGCAGCCGUUCGCGCUCGCGGUCUUCUUCCUCUUCGCCGCCGCGUCCGCCCUGCUCCUCCUCGUCCUCGUCCUCGCCGCGCGCGCAUCCCGCCACCGCGGCGGCAGCCGCUACCGCGUCCCGUCGCUCGACCCUGCCCCCUCGCCGCCGCCGCCUCAGUCUCUCCGCGCGGGGCUCUCGCCCGCCGACAUCCACCGCCUUCCGAGCUUCACCUUCCCCUCCCCCUCCUCCCCGCGCGCCAACGGCAACGGUGACGAUGAGGCCGCCUGCUCCUCCCCCUCGUGCUCGUGCGCGUGCGCCGUGUGCCUCGAGGCCGCGCGCGCCGGGGAGCGGUGGCGCGCGAUGCCGGCCUGCGCGCACGCGUUCCACGCCGCCUGCGUCGACCCGUGGCUCGCCAGGACGCCCGCCUGCCCCGUCUGCCGCGCCGCCGUCGCCGUCCCCGUCCCGAUGAGCGAAGGCUGACGCCGCGAAUCGCGUGAGCACGCAGGUUUGGGACACAGACACUACACUCUGUAUCAAAAAGCUUCCGUGCUCUUGUUGUGUGUAAAAAGACUGUGAAGAGGAACGCAUGGGGGAGAGAGAGAGAAAGAGGAUGAACCCACCCACCACCCAUGGAACUUUACCAUCCCUCAGAGAAUUAACUAUUCGAUGCAAAA